UCACAAAAUAAAAAUAAAAGCGUGCGUACAUACCUCUUCUAAGCUUCCCUCUUCGACUUCACCUAGCAAUCGAGCACCGACGUGUUUCGCCGUCGCAGAAUCCAUCCUCUUAAUCUAACCUAUCUAUUCCACAUCACAUCUCACAAGUCCCAGCAGCAAUCUACAAGAAGAGAGAGAGAAGCGAUGGCGCCUCCGUGCCGCGUCUUCCCAGCCUCGCAACUCGAAUCCGAGAUCCAAGCUACAGACGGCCGCGCGCGCAAAGGCGGUCGGAUCGACUUGUCCACCUGCGAACUCUUCUCGAUGGUCCAGUACGAAUGCCAGAUCGACCGACCCGAGGUAUCGAAUAGCCCCGUUCGGUGCUGGCCCGUGCAGCGAUGGUUCCGCCGAUGUCAAGACAAGAAGAGGAGUUUUAUGGUUGAGACUACGGUUUGGGAGGGGAUGAAGAAAGAUGAGAGCCUCGGUGGGGGGCGGCACGUAGUUUGAUAAAACCAUUGACUUUAAGAAAUGAAAUAGUUAAACCAUAUUAGACUGCAUUAGAUACCUGGGCAUUCUUGUGAUAU